GUUGCGAGUGUGGGCACAUCCGAAUUUCGAGACAACUCUUGGACAAUUGAACUCUUUCGACAACCCCUUCUCGACUCAUACCCCCUGUCGACCGUGAGUGUGCUAUCUCCAAAUAUUACAGACCCGCGACGCUGAAUUUUUCGUCUCGCAGAAUUUCGCCAUGGCCGAUAUCGAUGUCAAGGUCGCUUCGUGGAAGCUGGUUGAGGUUGGCCGCCUAGUGCUGAUCCGCAGCGGCCCCUUCGAAGGCAAGCUUGCUGCCAUCGUUGAGAUCGUGGACCACCGCCGUGUCCUGGUCGACGGUCCCUCCACCGAGGAGAAGAAGAUCGUGCCCCGUCACGUUCUCCCCCUCGCCCACGCCACUCUCACCCACUUCACCAUUCCCCAGCUUCCCCGUGCUGCCGGUACCGGUCCCGUGAAGAAGCUUUGGGCUAAGAACGAGAUCGAUGGCAAGUGGGCCAAGAGCUCCUUCGCUCAGAAGACCGACCGUGCCGAGCGCCGCAAGAACCUUUCCGACUUCGAGCGCUUCAAGGUUCUGCGCCUCCGCAAGCAGGCUCGCUACGAGGUCCAGAAGUCUCACGCCAAGGCUCGCGCUGCCAACAAGUCAUAGAUGAUUACGAGGUUUCGGUGCAUGGGUUUGAAGGAGGUGUCCUGGAAGGGUUUCCAUUGCUGGUAAUACUCUGGCAAAAUCGCUGUACACAUAUCAAUGAACAGCAAAAAUGAUUCAAAAUCCUUGAUAUCCCGGCAAAGGGGCCUUUUGUCAUUUGGUUUUCCUCCGGCUCUGGACUCAUUUUAUAUCCCC